UGCAGCACAUCAGUUUUAAAAACUACUCCCAAUUUUUUUUACGUGAAGUAAACCUAAAAUCCACAUUCACAAAAUGGCAUUCAAGCUCAUCUUCUGCCUUGCCGCUAUGGCGAUUGCUUGCGCCCAGGCCAAGCCCGGCGGCCCAGCUGCCUAUUCGAUUAGCGCACCCAGCGUGGACCACGCCUCCGUGGGCAACACACAGGAGCAUACGGUGAAGGGACACUACGGCCAGUCGUCGCAGUCGGACUAUGCCAGCCAGGUGCAAACCGCCCACUCGCAGUCGCAUGUGCAGCGCUCCAGCAUCAGCAAUGAUGGCGGCUUGGCUCCCGCUCAUUAUGGCCUGGCCUAUGGCGGACACUAUGCAGCCGCCGCCGCGGCACCCGCCAUCGCCUAUGGCGGCCACUAUGCCUCCGCGCCCGUUGCAGCUGCGCCCGCUUUGGCCUAUGGCGGCCACUAUGCGGCCACGGCACCGGCUCUCCAGCUGUCGGGCGCUUCCCACCUGAGCCUGGGCAGCCUAGGAGGCCUGGGCUACGGCUAUGGAUAUAGCGCAGCUGCUGCCGCCCCAUCGCUUUCCCAUGGCUAUCAGCUGGCUGCCCCAGCAGCUGCUCCGAUUGUGAAGUACGCCGCCGCUCCAGCUUAUGCACCUGGCAUCAUUGGACACGGCAUUGGACUGGCUGCAGCACCCGCCUAUGCAGCUCCCGCCUACGCAGCACCCGCCUAUGCCACGCAUCUCGCCGCCGCACCAGUGCUCAAGGCUGCCGUCGCACCUGCCCUGGUGCACACCUCCGUCUCCGGCCAUGGCAUUCAGUAUGGCUACUAGAGACUCGGGAUAAGCCAACCUAUCCAGCCACCCCCUAACAUGGAGUAAGCAUCUAAAAAUAAUAUCCGUGUCGACCUAAAAUGUUUACAAGGCAACUCAAAAU